AUGUACUCCAAAGACCACGCUCUCGCCGGUCCUCUCUCCGCCUCGCUUUUCUCCCUCACCAGCCUCGUCGUGCUUGAUCUUUCGUCCAAUAUCCUGUACGGCGAAGUUCCCCAGCAAAUAUCCUCCCUCCGACGGCUGGAGGGAAAAUCCCUCCCGGCGUUCGGAAACCUGGCGAGCCUCGAAUCCUUCGACGUUUCUGGAAAUGCCCUCGCCGGCGUUAUCCCACCCCAAAUCGGAAACCUGACCCGGCUGCAGAUUUUGGCCAUGGGGAAUAAUUUUCUCACCGGCUCCUUGCCCCCGAGCCUCUUCACAAAGCUGCAGUCUCUGUCAUCGUUCGACGUCUCGAACAACUCUCUCCCCGGGAGGCUACCGCCGGAGAUCGGGAACCUCGCCUCUCUCACAGAGCUUUUCAUCGGAGAAAACCGUUUUUCCGGGGAGCUUCCGCCGGAGAUGGGCCGGCUUUCAAAACUCGAGCUUCUAUCCUCACCGUACUGUUUGCUCAACGGCCCGCUGCCCCAGAGCCUCUCGAACCUAAAGUCGCUGAAAACCCUCGACCUCUCUAACAACCCAUUACAAAGCCCGAUUCCGAAAUUCAUUGGUGAUUGGCAAAACCUCACCGUGUUGAACCUCAUUUAUGCCCAGCUUAGUGGCAGCAUACCGCCGGAGAUAGGCAACUUGAAAAACCUGAAUCUUCUACUGCUUUCUUUCAACUCACUGACCGGUUUUCUGCCCAAUGAGCUGUCCGGAUUAUCCCCCACCACGUUCUCCGUCAAAAGGAAUCAGCUUUCGGUCCCUCUUCCCGCCUGGCUCGGAAAAUAG